AUGUAUGUUUAUAUUAAGAGUAAAUACUAUCUCUACUCUCUGAUCUCUACUCUUUGCUGUUUCGUCCACCGUCGACGAAAUUAUCAGCCUAAUCGGAUCUACGCAGCUUGGGUUAUAACCCCUAUAAUGCCAAUGACGCGAUUUACUAAAUUAAUCGCGCGCAGUAGCCUAUCGGAUCCGGCCCUUGCUUACCAAAGCAUUGGACCGGGUUCGAGUCCGGCGUACACCAAUGAAUAUUUUCAAUAUUUAAGUGUAUUAUUCUGCUCAGCCCAAGAAAUACAAACGAGUUCCAAUCUCAAAAGUUUACCCCCUACCGUAGUCGCUCAUGACCUUAAAAAUGAUAUUAGCUAG